GUGAAAUUUUCGUGAGUUCGCGAUGCUUUUUCCGAGACACCUGAGCUGCGUCCUACGAUCGGUACUGUGAACAACAUUUUUUAAGUGCUAUUUUGACGGAGGGUGCGUAGGAUUUUCCGGCCUGCCUUUGACUUGCGAUGUUGGACAUUGAGCCUGCGGCCGACUACCUGAGCAGAAGUACCACCUUCGGGAAUUUUUCCAUGCUAUUUGCUGGUAAUCGUUCAAAUUCUUUAUCAGUAAGGGCGGAAACUUCUAUUGAUCCACAUGGACAUAUAAGACAACCUGAUCCAUAUCAGAUUUUGGGCCCUACCAGUAGCCGUCUAGCAAAUUCGGGAUCUGGACAAAUUCAGUUGUGGCAAUUCUUGUUAGAGCUAUUGAGUGAUUCAACAAAUGCAGCAUGCAUCACCUGGGAAGGAACAAACGGGGAGUUUAAGCUGACAGAUCCUGACGAGGUAGCAAGAAGAUGGGGCGAAAGGAAAUCGAAACCUAAUAUGAAUUACGACAAACUCUCCAGAGCAUUAAGGUAUUACUACGACAAGAACAUAAUGACAAAGGUCCACGGGAAGAGGUACGCCUACAAAUUCGAUUUUCAAGGAUUGGCGACAGCAACCCAGCCUGCAAACAAUGAUCCUAAUAGUUAUAAGUACCAGACUGAAUUGUUCAUGAGUUCAUACCAUCAGAGCGCCAAAUUGGGAGGAUUCAUGAGUUCCCAUGGGACUAUACCGAGUUCGGCAGCUUCUCUAUUUCCAUCACCGGGGUCAUACUGGAGUAACCCAACAGCAAAUCUCUACUCGAAUAUAGCAAGUUCACACUCUAUAAGCCAUCAUGCUGGCCAUCAUUUAGGAAGUUCCGCACUAGGAUCCUACCCCAGCUAUGCCUGACAGUCCCCCCCACCGUCGAGAACUGAAUGGAUGAGGAAAAUGUCCAUAUAACAAUGUUUCAUCCAACAUUGAAUCAGAUCAGAAAAUGUAUUAGUAGAUUUUCUUAUGGAAAGGAGCAAUCUAGAAUACAUGUAUAUUAUUUGAGAUGCUUAUUUCUUCAUGGAAAGAUCAUGAUCAAGUUGUGAAACUUCAGAAAUCGAUAAAGGAAGGUUUCUCGGUAUAGAGUAUAUCUGUUUUGUAUUAUAUAAAUGUAGAGCUUUUUCCUGUGAUUUUUAAAGGGAAAUGCGCAAAUGAGAAUCUUUACGUUGCUUCAUCGUUAACACUUUUGUUACCUCCCCAAAUCUACGAUAAAUAUCGUAUAGUUUUGGGUUAAUUGAAUAUAUACCUAUUUGGUUUGUAUUGUAUAACGCUAUAGAUUUGCCUGUAAAAAUGCGUACAAUAAAAGUAGCAAUAGUUCUGGAUGUCCUUUGUUAUUAUACAUUUGAUGUGUUAUUUGUUCCUAUUGAUUUUGUGCAUAUAUUUUCUUAUUUAAUAUUGUAUAAGUAUGUUCCUUUCUACUGAUUUCAAAUAAAUGUAUCUAAUUCGAUGACAGAAUAAAAGAAUUGGACCUUUCA